AUGGCGGCUCUCACUAUCAACUCGAAGAUUCGUAUGAAUUCUGGUUAUGAGAUUCCGAGGUUGGGAUAUGGUGUAUGUACCUGAUCAUCUGAUUUUGGGGAUUUGUUUGACUGAUUUGUUGGUUUAGGUUUAUCAAACGUGAGUCCUUGGGAGCCUUGAGAUUAAAUUGAGUUGAGAUUAAUUCUUUGAAGACCAGCGGAUGUAACGGAGGAUGUUGUCACGAAAGCGUUUGAAGCUGGGUAUACUCACGUAAGUCAUAACUUCUCAUUCACAUUCAACUCAUUCCAUUUUCAAAUGGUUGCCCUUCCAUUCGCGAGGGAAUAAGCGAGGCCAUGCAUCUAUCCUCGAACACUCCCUCACAUAUUCAAACAAAACCCAACCCAUCCCAAAAACAAACCAAACCAUCAACUAACCCCCCCAGAUCGACUGCGCAGUAGUCUACCGCAACGAACAACCCUGCGGCCUCGCAAUCUCCAAAUCCUCCCUCCCCCGAUCCUCCAUCUUCUUCACCUCAAAGGUAAUGGCCCGCCCCCUCUCCUACAACGUCGCCAAAACGCAACUCGCCUCCACCCUCAAGAACACCGGACUCGAAUACCUCGACCUCUUGCUCCUGCACUCCCCCUAUGGGGGUCGCGAAGGACGAAAAGGGGCUUGGAAAGCAUUAGUCGAGGCGCAAGAGGAAGGCAAGGUCCGCAGUAUUGGCGUGAGUAACUUUGGACGCCAUCAUUUGGAGGAAUUGGAGGAGAUUAUUAAGGAGUUGGAGGAGGAGAGGGGGGUAGGGAGGGGUGGGAAGGUGGAUGUUGGGCAGUAUGAGAUUCAUCCUUGGUUGAGACAUAGGGAUAUUGUUGAGUGGUGUGAUAAGCACGGGGUGGUUGUCGAGGUAUGUUUCCUUCUCUCCCCCUUUCCCACUUCCCACUUCCCUCAUCCUCCCCCCUAAGCACCUCUUUACCCCACAUCACCCAACCCACAAAACCUAACAACACAGGCCUACUGCCCCCUAACCCAAGCCCAACGCCUCACCUCCCCCCUCCUCCACCCCCUCGCAAAAAAAUACAACAAGACCCCCGCACAAAUCCUCCUCCGCUGGAGUCUACAAAAGGGCUUCGUGCCCCUCCCGAAAAGCGUCACGCCCACGCGGAUUAUAGAGAACGCGCAGUUGUAUGAUUUUGAGUUGACGGAGGGGGAUAUGGAGACGCUGGAGAUGGAUGAGUAUCAGGUGAUGUGUGGUUGGGAUCCGACGGUUGCGAGGUUGGAGGAUUAGAUCGGUGAUGGGAUGACUUGGGUAAUGGGAUGAGAGGGGUGUUUGGACAGGGUAUCGCGUGUUAGGGUUUUAAGUAGGGGAGGGAGAGAGAGAGAGAGAGUAAUAUACAAAAAAGUCACUCGUUA